AAAAUCUUCACUGCACUUCUCCUAACCAAUGUGAAUCUAACAAGACCCCAAACAACAAAAUCCAUUCUCCAGUUUUGGUAAUCUAGCAUGCUAAAUAAAAAUCUAGCAUAAAAUAACUAUUUUUUUAACUGUGAAAAAAUAAAUAAUUUUUUUGAAAAUGUUUAAUCUCAUUUUUUGUAUUUACUUGAUAAUCCCUUUUUAAUGAGCUAUCGAUCAACUUUUUAGCUAUAAUAGUUUUGGAGAAAAGUUAAAAAAAUAGAAAUUUUGGGACUGUUCAUGCCGACGUUUUUGUAGAUACAAAUCGUUAUACCGCUUAGGUGUGAUAUCGGAUCUUUCUUAUUAAUAUUUUAUGUUAAAGCUAGCUUAAUUAUCCUCCUACUCAUUAAAACUGAGUUACAUUUUUAUCAUUUUCCUAUUUAACAAAAAUUCUUAAAGUUUUAAAAAUUCAGACUUUUUUCAUUUCAAUUACCAUACUUACUUGAUUAAAAAUCAAAGUAAAAAAAAAAACAUUUAAAUGUACAGUUACAUGGUGAUUCAAUUAAGAACUUUGGAAGAUGACAAUUUAGAUUUUAAAAUUUCUGAUAAAGAAUUGCAAAUAACAGUAUUAAAUAUGAUUAAAUCAUUACAUGGAGAUUUUGGAGCUGGAGCUAUUAAAACAUGUUUUAAAGUUCGUUAUUGUAAUCCAACAACAAAAAUUCUCAUUUUUAAAACCAGACAUGGUCCUCAUCAAUUUCUCUCUUCUGUUAUACCAUUUAUUAACAAACUCCAGGAAAAACAAAUUCAAUUAUCAACACUUUAUACUGGUGCAUCCAUGUUUCAAUGUUAUAAAUUUAUUCAGAACUAUCAAAAAGAUCUUGUAAGAAAAAUGACUGAUAUAAUAAGUGAGAAAACCAAAGAAAAAAUGUUAAAUAUCACUAAUGUAGCAAAUUUCUAAUUUUAAAAAGUUUGUUUGAAUUUUUAUUUAAAACCCUAUUUUUUUAUGUACUAGGGAGUACAGAUGAUAAAUAAUAAAUAUUUACUCUUAUACUUUAAA